AGCUCCCAGCUCCGAUUUCCCUCGAACGCACCGCCUAGCUACAGGAAGUGCGGUGCGUUUGCGUGCUCUUGUCUCUCGGCGGUGUAGCAGCGAUUAAAGCUAACUACAACAACAACAAGGGCCGACCACAGCUGCUAAAAGACUCAGACUCGUAGCAGACUGCAAAGAUGAUCCCAUCGGCGAUUUGAUCCUCCGAAUAUGUCGGCUGAAAACUUCCCGGUGUUUCAGUUUUCACUGAUCAGAAAGCGACGCCUCGGACCAAACACUAGCUAAACACAGCAGCAAAAAGCGGAGUAGUAUGCUGGACGUGGGGAAGUGGCCAGUGUUUGCCCUCCUUCCUCCUGAGGAACUUCGGCUUAUCCGGCAGGCUUGUGUCUUUGGCAGUGCUGCAAACGAAGCCCUCUAUGUCACAGUUAAUGAUGAGGUCUUCGCUCUGGGCACCAACUGCAGCGGCUGUUUAGGCCUCGGAGACCUUCAAAGCACUAUUGAGCCGCGCAGGAUUGAUGUCUUGUGUGGGAAGAAGAUUGUGUCCCUUAGCUAUGGAACGGGACCACAUGUGGUUAUCGCAACUGCAGAUGGAGAGGUGUUUGCUUGGGGACACAACGGCUACAGCCAGCUGGGUAAUGGAACCACCAAUCAUGGGCUGACCCCUGCCCUCGUGUCCACCAACCUCCUCAGCAAGAGAGUGACAGAGGUGGCCUGUGGCUCCCAUCACACUAUUGCCCUGACGACUGAUGGAGAGGUGUUCGCGUGGGGUUACAACAACUCAGGCCAAGUAGGUUCGGGGUCCACCGCUAACCAGCCGACACCGCGCCGGGUCAGCAGCUGCCUACAGAACAAGGUGGUGGUUAACAUAGCCUGUGGUCAGCUCUGCUCUAUGGCUGUACUGGACAAUGGAGAGAUCUAUGGUUGGGGCUACAAUUGCAAUGGACAGCUUGGUCUGGGCAACAAUGGCAAUCAGCAGACCCCAUGCAGGAUCGCUGCUCUCCAAGGCGUCAACAUCGUCCAGGUUGCCUGUGGAUACGCACAUACAUUGGCACUUACAGAUGAGGGGUUUGUUUACGCCUGGGGAGCCAACUCAUAUGGGCAGUUAGGAACAGGCAACAAGAGUAAUCAAGCGCUCCCCACUCAAAUAAACACAGACAAGGAGAGGAUGGUGGAGGUGGCUGCAUGUCACACCAGCCACACGUCGGCUGCAAAGACCCAGAGUGGGCAGGUUCUAAUGUGGGGUCAGUGUCGAGGUCAGGCUGUCGCCAGCCCCCACCUCACCCAUUUCAGCGGCACAGACGAUGUGUUCGCUUGCUUCGCCACACCAGCAGUCACGUGGCACCUCCUCUCAGUAGAUGGUGAUGACUACAUGACUGUUGCCCAGUCUCUGAAGAAAGAGUUUGACAGCCCAGAGAUUUCAGACCUGAAGUUCUUGGUUGAUGGGAAGUGUAUCCAUGUUCACAAAGCUCUGCUGAAAAUCAGGUGUGAGCAUUUCCGCGCACUGCUGAAUGAAACCGACGAGGACGCUAUAGAGAUUCAUCAGUUCUCAUAUCUGGUGUACAGAGCCUUUCUGGAGUACCUCUACACAGACACUAUCAACCUGCCACCAGAGGAUGCUAUUGGCUUGCUUGAUUUAGCUACGUUCUACCGAGAGACGAGGCUGAAGAGGCUGUGCCAGGAAACAAUCAAGAGAGGCAUUUCUGAGGACAACGCCAUCACUCUGCUCUCUGCUGCUGUCAAGUAUGAGGCGCGGGAUCUGGAGGAGUUCUGCUUCAAGUUUUGCGUCAACCACCUAACAGCUGUCACGCAGACCCAGGCCUUUGCAGACAUGGACCACGACCUGCUCAAGAACUUCAUUAGUAAAGCCAGUCGCUACGGGGCCUUCAAGAACUGAGUAGAGUGCCCCUGUAGUGAUGGACUUAACAUGAUAAGGGUUAAGCUCUCUGUGGUCCUGAGGGUCGACCCUAGACCAAAGUAAACACCAGGCUGAUCAGUACUUCAAAGCCUUUGUCGCUGGGUAUGUUAACACUGGAAAGGCAAACGGUUUAAGGUUUCACCUUAACGGAUGCUUCUGUGUUACCCCCUCCCCUAAACCGAGCCCAGACACAGUGGUUGCUCGGUGCAUAAAUAUUGGGUUGUACCACUCAAGCAGACAAGCAGUGGUGGAAUAGAAAGAUGUGCCACAGUGGUCGUCUUUCUGUCGUCUUUGUGUUACCGGUAAUGUACAGAUGGGGUACACGGGCUUAAUCACACUGCCCUUUAUCAGUAAGUAAAACAAAUAAUCAAAGCAUAUACUGCACUGUAGUACACCGUGUUUGAUCAGCAGUGAGGAGGAAGCAAUGGGCAAAAGUCACGUGAGCCAUGAAUUGACCCUUUAUGCUGCUUUUCUUUGAAGCCUUCAUUCUCAAACGUCCUGGAUUGAGAAGUAGUAUUUAAUUAGGAAAAAACACGCACGCUGUUCUUCUGCAACACUUUUUUUUCUCCUCUGAAGUUAUGUUCUCUCGCGUAAGUCAAUGUUAAAUUUUUGCCACCCUUGUUUUAUAUUGUAGUUCUUCAGCUUUGCCAUCCCAAACGUGUGGUGACUGUUUGAUGUACGUAUCAACUAACAUUUGCUCUCCUUUGGCCACUAUCUACAGGCUGAGUUGGGGAGAUGAGAGAUAAGAACAUCCUACUGCAUGUUUACCUGCGUUCAGAUUAACACUGAGCCGCUUGAAAGAGUGUGUGUGACUUAACACAAACAUAUUGACUCCUGUGUAGCCUAUCAGCGAUGUUACACUGUGAGUGCAGCUGAUUUUACAGUUGUGUUUCAUUGUAAUUUGGUAUGUUUACAAAAGUUUGGUUGUUUUUAUUUUUUUUUCAUUGUUAAUAUGUUGGCAGCAAACUCUUGCUUGUUUUUCAAGUGUUUCUUUAUAUCUUUCCCCUGGUAGCACUUUGCGAUAAUGAAGUAGUGCUGGCUUAGUGUAAUUGCCAACUGACUGUGUUGAAUAUAGUCUCAUAUAGGACCACGAGGUCUUUUUAAAUGUAGUUACCGGAUAAUUCCACAUUAAAUUCCUGAAUCUGUCUGAACAGAACGUAACAAAUUGCUUUUACUUUAACGAGCCAAUUAUUGCAUUUUUUGGACAUUUUGAUAAUUACAACAACAAAAAAAAUGCCUGUGUUCUUAUUUUGUAUGGAAAAUGCUGUAAUCUGCUGACAGUGACACAUUAAUGGUAAUAUUUGAUAAUCUAAAAUGUAUUAAAAUGAAUAACAACACCACG